UCAAUUUUGCAUAUUUAACAGUGGAAUAAAAAUUCCUGGAUCGAUCUCUCUCUCUCUCUCUCUCUCUCUCUUGUUUCAAGCAGAUUGCAGUGUAAUAAUCAUCACCAAAACCUUCAUUCAAUGGCAAACUAUUAUCACGCACAAUUCAUCUAAAAAAACCCUAACUCGAUAAACCCUAGUCUCUGCAAACAUGUAUUCAUUAUCAACGACGAGCAGAGUCGAUGUUUUCAUAUCACCUCGGAGUUUUCAUCCUCAUUCCUCCAUUAGUCGCCGUAGUUAUUCACAUUCCAUCUCAUUCCCCUUUCGUACCCAUUCAAAUCGCUUGAAUUUCACUCGAAUCAUCAGGAAAAACCCACCUCUCAUUCAUCGAUCCUAUGCGAUUUUUCAAAAAUCGGAUUCCAAGUCUUCUUCUCAAUCUGAUAAUGCUAGUAGUACUGACACUGAAAACGAUUUUGUUACUAGGGUUUUGAAAGAAAACCCUAGUCAAGUAGAACCCAAGUUCUUGAUUGGCAAUAAACUGUAUACACUGAAAGAGAAAGAGGAUUUGGAGAAGAAAAGUUCUGAUGCUGGGAUUGCUGAGAUUUUGAAGAAGUUGAGAUUGAUGGUGGGGAAGGAGAAGAAGAGGGAAGAGGGAGGAGUUGAGAGUGGAGUGAAGUCUGAGGAUGUGUAUUUGAAGGAUAUUUUGAGGGAGCAUAGAGGGAAGCUGUAUGUUCCUGAGCAAAUUUUCGCGGCCAAUUUGUCCGAAGAAGAGGAAUUUGAUAGGGAUUUCGAGAGCUUGCCGAAGUUGAACUUGGAAGAUUUUCAAAAGUACAUGAAGAGUGAUAAGGUUAAGUUGUUGACUCUGAAGGAGGACACUGGUGUGCCAUAUGGUUUUAGGGAUUUCAUUGUGGAAUUGAAAGAAAUUCCAGGUGGCAAGAACUUGCAGAGAACCAAAUGGGCGAUGAAGUUGGAUGUGAGCCAAGCACAAGCUGUUUUGGAGGAGUAUACAGGGCUGCGAAAAGAAAUAGAGAAGCAAACUAUGUCUUGGGUGGGAAAAUUGCCUGAGUAUCCUCAUCCAGUGGCAUCUUCAAUAUCAAGCAGAAUGAUGGUGGAACUUGGAAUGCUGACUGCUGUGAUGGCUACAGCUGCUGUUGUUGUUGGAGGCCUUCUGGCUUCAGCGGUGUUUGCCAUGACGAGUUUCGUCUUUGCAAUGGCUGUAUAUGUUGUAUGGCCCAUGGCCAAACCAUUUCUUAAGCUUUUUCUUGGUCUCAUCUUCAGUGUUUUAGAAAGAGUCUGGGAUAAUUUUGUUGAAAUUUUCAGCGAUGGAGGGAUUUUCUCCAAAUUGUAUGAAGUCUACACUUUUGGCGGUGUGUCUUCCAGUCUUGAAAUGCUAAAACCAAUCAUGCUGGUAUUUUUGACUAUGGUUCUUCUUGUCCGUUUUACUCUUUCAAGAAGACCUAAGAACUUCAGGAAAUGGGAUAUAUGGCAAGGCAUCGAAUUCUCUCAAUCUAAACCACAAGCUCGUGUUGAUGGUUCAACUGGAGUUACAUUUAAUGAUGUGGCAGGGAUUGAGGCAGUAGAAGAGCUCCAAGAGUUGGUGAAAUAUUUGAAAAAUCGGCUAUUUGAUAAAAUGGGGAUAAAGCCUCCACAUGGAGUCUUACUGGAGGGCUCUCCUGGAUGUGGGAAGACCUUGGUUUGCGAAGGCCAUAGCUGGUGAACUGGUGUUCCAUUUUACCAAAUGGCCGGAUCAGAAUUUGUUGAAGUUUUAGUGGGUGUUGGUUCUGCUCGUAUCAGGGAUUUGUUCAAGAGAGCUAAGGUAAACAAACCAUCAGUAAUUUUUAUUGAUGAAAUUGAUGCAUUAGCUACAAGGCGUCAAGGAAUAUUCAGUGGAUCCACCAACGACCUAUACAAUGCUGCUACUCAAGAAAGGGAGACUACACUGAACCAGCUGUUGAUAGAGCUGGAUGGGUUUGAUACAGGAAAAGGUGUUAUCUUUUUGGGUGCUACAAAUCGUAUGGAUUUGUUAGAUCCUGCACUUCUUCGACCAGGUCGUUUUGAUCGUAAGAUAAGAAUUCGUCCUCCUAAUGCAAAAGGGAGAUUGGAAAUUUUGAAAGUUCAUGCACGCAAAGUAAAAUUGUCAGAUUCUGUUGAUUUGUCCAUUUAUGCCCAGAACUUGCCAGGAUGGACGGGAGCAAAGUUGGCUCAGCUGCUCCAAGAGGCUGCUCUUGUGGCGGUAAGGAGGGGGCAUAAUUCAAUUCUUCAGUCAGAUGUGGAUGAUGCAGUUGACCGACUCACAGUAGGACCCAAACGUGUUGGGAUAGAGUUGGGUCAUCAGGGACAAUGUCGUCGAGCUACUACUGAAGUGGGAACUGCAAUGACUGCUCAUCUGCUAAGGCAGUUAGAGAACGCAAAAGUUGAACGUUGUGAUCGCAUAUCAAUUAAUCCUCGUGGCCAGACAUUGUCUCAAGUUGUUUUUCAUAGACUUGAUGAUGAGUCGUACAUGUUUGAGCGCCAACCACAAUUGCUGCACCGUCUUCAGGUAUUACUUGGAGGGAGAGCUGCUGAACAGGUAAUUUAUGGACGGGAUACAUCAAGGGCAUCAGUUAACUACCUUGCAGAUGCUUCUUGGCUUGCUCGUAAAAUUAUCACAAUAUGGAAUUUGGAGAAUCCUAUGGUAAUACAUGGAGAACCACCUCCUUGGAGAAAAAGAAAUAAAUUUGUGGGCCCGAGGCUGGACUUUGACGGAUCACUGUAUGAUGACUAUGGCCUGAUUGAGCCCCCAGUCAAUUUCAAUUUGGAUGAUGAAGUUGCGAAAAGGACAGAAGAAUUGAUGAGUGACAUGUAUGGAACGACAGUUGCUCUCCUGAGGCGGCACCAUGCAGCAUUGCUGAAAACUGUGAAGGUUCUUCUUAAUCAGAAAGAGAUCAGUGGAAAAGAAAUUGACUUUAUCCUGAACAGUUACCCUCCACAUACGCCCACAAGUCGUAUACUGGAGGAGAAAGAUCCUGGGAGCCUUCCCUUCUUCAAACAAGAACAAGAAAGUCAAGAGUUGGAGUAUAGCCUAUUGACUCCAUGACAAGGCUGAAGCUUGUGAUGGAUAUUUUGAUGAGGCUGUUCCAAAUUGAUACCAUUUAUUUGAGGUAAUGGUGAAAAAUUGUAGCAAACCAACAUGUAGUAAUUUCUGAGAUGCCCUUUUGGUGAGUGUGCAAGACAGGCAGCAUCCGAAGGCAGUUGUAUAGAGUGACAUGAUCAAAUUUUGGGGGUUUCAUUGACAAAAAAAUAUGUAGUGAUAGAAUUUUUUGGUUUUAUAAAGAUUCAAAAUUGUCGAUUUUGUAUUGUUUGUGUUGUGUUCUUGAAUCAAGCCAAGUAUUUAUUGGUUAUAUUGUAAUAUUUUUAUAAUUGCUAUUCA